AUGGAUAGAAUGUACCUUCCUAGAAAUGAGGGUUACAGGGGCUUGAGCCAACUGGAAACGGCCCAUAAAACAGCUACAAUACGCUUAGAUACUUGCUUUAACACCAAAAAUGACCCCCUUCUCGUGAUUGCUAAAGAGCAUCAAAAAAACAAAACAAAACAAAAAAAGAACAAAGAAAAAGUACUCCGUACCUAGCCAGGCUACAAUGUUAAAAGAGAGCUCAACUUCCCUUAA